UACAUCGCCUGCUUGCGUAGCAGAGUUUCUGUGAGUUUGACAUAGAAUUUCCUGCGCUUUGGUGCACAGCAGCAGUCUCAAAACUGCCAUGUGUAUAAAUCAAUGAGACCACUGUAGGACCAGCCAGAAUUCAAAAGGUAAAGUGUCACAGGAGAUGUCAAGAGAGACAGCAUAAACUCAGACACUGUGCUAAAAUCGAAGCGGCCCAGCAGGACUGAGGGUGCCACAACCAGGCAGGGGUGAAGGGCUCUCCCUGAAGAGCACACAUGAAGCUCCUUACCUACAAGCUUCUCUGCCAUUUCUUCCUCUACUGGUGGACUUUUGCCAGUGCUGGUCAGAGUUUCGAUGGGGGGAAGAGCCUGGAGCUGUGUGGAGGACUCGACUGCCGUCAGUGUCCAUGUUUCCCAGCCAAAGGAGCCCGGGGGAUGCCAGGUGAUCCGGGACAGCCAGGUUUGCAAGGGUCCAUUGGCCCUCAAGGGUCACGGGGACCCCAAGGAGAGAAAGGACAUAGAGGUCUAGAGGGUUUGCCUGGGGAGUCAGGGGUGAAAGGGAAAAUGGGUGACAAGGGGUUCUCUGGUUUCCCUGGGUCUGAUGGGAUCUGGGGUCAUCCUGGUGUCGAAGGACCUCCAGGCUGUCCUGGGCUAGAUGGCUGUGCGGGACCACGAGGUGAUCAGGGUCUCCCUGGAGAACAAGGGCACCAAGGGAUCUGUGGGCAACAGGGUUUGAAGGGAACAAAAGGACAGAAGGGGGAUUAUGCCUAUAAACCACAGAAUUUGCCUGGCCCUCGUGGGGACAUUGGGUUUCCUGGGAAGCCUGGUUCGCCUGGAAUGACUGGAAGUUGUGGGAAAUGUGGCCCCGUGGGACCCUGUGGUGCUGACGGAAAUGCAGGCCUUCCUGGUUUUCCCGGACAAAGGGGCUCGUCCGGAGAAACUGGAAGAUCAUUUCCUGGACUGAAAGGUGAUCAGGGAGAGCAAGGGGAAGAAGGUCCUCCAGGACCAUUUGAGACUGUGGAACCUCCAGAAGAAUACUUCAAGAAAGGGGACAAAGGAGACAGAGGUUUAGCUGGCUUGUCUGGGAAAAAAGGAAAAACUGGGAACAGCUCAGUCAGUGGGCAUAAAGGCGAUAAAGGGAUCUGCGGGCUACCAGGACAGGAGGGCAUUCCUGGAUCUCCUGGUUGCCAAGGACAAAAUGGAGUGAAGGGAUCACAAGGGGACUUUGGACUUCCUGGUUUGUUUGGGACAGAGGGACCAAAGGGCUUUCAAGGAGAUCCAGGUGUACGAGGAACCCCGACAUAUGAAUUCCUGAUUUACACAGGAUAUCAAGGGGAAAGAGGACCACCUGGCCCAUUAGGGUGCCAAGGAGACCCUGGGACCAAUGGCUCAGCAGGCCAUCGAGGGCCCCGUGGAGAUCUGGCAUGUGGCCUUGCUGGCCAGCCUGGAAAGCCAGGGAGUCCAGGCCCCCAGGGACCAAAGGGGGAGACCAAAGCAAAUUGCUUUGAUGAAUUAAAAGUAGGAUGUCCAGGAAAACAAGGAUUUCAAGGACUGAAAGGUGCCAGAGGACCUCCUGGCCCCCCAGCAUAUUUUUGUCAUGAAAUCGAGUGGUUCGGGCGCGAGAACGAGGUGAUGACUGCAGGACGGGAACUGGAGGGCGACGAUGAGGAGACGACAGCAGGAUGGGAAUUGGAGGGCGACAAGGAGGUGUCUGCAGGAGUGGGGCCCACUGGACAGAGACCUGGGUCUGGGCAGUUGGCCUGCCUGGUGUGUCCCCAUCUCCUCUUUCGGGAGACAGAGAACUGA